UCCCAAGUUUUAGUGACAGUUAAGGAGUCGCUAAAGAAUGCCCGCUGUGCUGUAUGCGCAAACAGUUCGAAGUUUUGCUCGGACAUUGGAUGGUCACUCGUUUUAGAGAUUUUUCGGCCAAACUCGGAGGUUCACGCUGGUCAUUGAAUUUUAGCGAGUGUGGGCAGGCGGAUUGAGCGACAUGACGACUAUAUACCUCGUUAGGGUGCUGCAGCUCGUGUGCCUGUUCCUACGGUGCCACAGUGCUAUAUUACCGAAAUUUCAAGCUAUUGUGUACCCUGAGCUAUUCGAUGCGCGUGAUGAUGAAGACACUAGAGUUGUAAGAAUCAACGACGAUAUCACACUCAACCUUAAGCCAAGCGCUGUCCUUCACCCGGAGUUCUUUUUGAGGACAUAUCGGCAAGGGGUUCCACAACACACUUAUUUUAACAUCGAAGCCCUCGAGCAAAACUUGUACGACGAUGAAAAACACUUUGCGGCAGUCAUUCUUACUGAAGAAGACGGUACUUUGCAAUUGAAAGGCGUCGUCGGCCCUAACUUGAAAAUAAUGCCUGCCAUGGGCAUGGAGCGUUCGGAAGAUGGUCGCCAUCCUCACAUCUUAGAAACAAUUCACGACACCGACUCCGAUCACGUUUAUGGUAAACUUCCAGAGGAAGGGCUAAACAAGAUCUCCGCCCGCUCGUUGAAGUUCGAUGCGACUGCUUACAGCAUCGACACUGUGUACCCCGAAGUAUUUAUUGUGUGUGACUCAGAGUUCUAUAGAGAAUUCAAAGACGAACAAGACAUGCUGUUCUACUUGAUGGUCGAACUCAAAGUAGUAAACCUCCGUUAUAGGACAGUGUCAAACCCUAAAAUCGUGCCCGUUUAUCGCGGCGUUGAAAUCACCGACUACAGGCGAGAGCACAAGUACUAUCAUUAUAUAGGUGCUGGAAUAGACUGCUCUGAAAUCACUCUACUCAAUUGUGGACUUCGUGAAAGAAAACAACGGAAGCUACGGUUUAUACGACCUGGUCUACUUCGCAACAGGGAGAGAUAUGAUUGCCGUAGAAGGCUCGAAGCAAGAGAGCGUACUUCAAGGCUUCGCCUUUGUCGCAUCUGCUUGCACCGAGAGGCGUCAGCAGCUAGGCGAAGACAAAGCCUAUAGUUACGUUGGAAUUCGUAUUAUGGCACACGAAAUGGGGCACACGUUGGGCUGCUCACAUGAUGGCACACGUGUCGACGGCAUCAUUCGGGACUUCAAGUCAGACUCCUCGACGUGUCCGUGGCAGGAUGGCUACAUUAUGAGCUACAUAGAAGAGGACAGCAGGAGCUUUCAGUUCUCUUCUU